AUGCAGUUUUAUGCCCGCCAGACGCAAACGGUCGCUCAAUGUUCGUUUGCAUCCGUCUUUGGAGAUGCCCUUAAAACACUGCUCAUAAUAGUUCUUGCGGACUAUGACAGGUGUCGUUCUGUGGAAGACACACGGACACAAUCGAGCAAUGCUACAUCUACGGAAACAGCUACGGAAUUUUCUUACGGACCGCACCAGGCAGCCUACACAAUUAGAACGUGGCCCGGCUUUCACGGAGAGAAUCAAAACUCAACCAAUACAUUCGUCGAACAUCAUGCCUUCGCGGCCACGAUCGUCACCUUCCACAGCCUUUCCGACCCACAAACCCUCCCCAGCAGCCUCCCCGCCUCCGUCACCAUCGCCGCGCUCCCCGCCGUCCAGAUCGAAGACCUCCCCGCCGACGCCCUACGCGGCACCGUGCUCGUGGAGAUCAUCCGCCGCUCCCUUCCCAGCCUCCGAACCCUGCUCCUUUCCAUCAGCUCCACCACCCCGAUCGCCGCGAUGGUGCCGGACUUCCUCUGCUCCACUGCGCUGCCCCUCGCCACCGAGCUCGGCGUGCCGGCAUACAUCUUCUUCGCCAGCAACAUGAACUUUCUCUACCUGAUGCACUGCCUGGUUGAGCUCCACGACGACGCUUUGCCUGGCGAGUACCGCGACCUCCCCGAGCCGAUCGCGAUGCCCGGCGGACUGUCGCUGCGCCGUGCAGACCUGCCGGAGGGGUACCGUUCUAGUAAGGCGACGGUCUACGCGCGGCUGCUCGAGGCAGGCCGACGAUAUCGCCUCGCCGACGGCUUCUUGGCGAACACCUUCAGUGAGAUGGAACCUGCCACCGUGGAAUCUUUCAAGCAGGUGGCGGCCCGAGGCGCGUUCCCGCCGGUGUUCCCUGUGGGGCCGCUUGUCCGGUCAAACUCCGAUGAGGAAGCUGCUGGAGGCGCGUCGCCCUUGCUAGAGUGGCUGGACCGCCAGCCGGCGACGUCCGUGGUGUACGUCUCGUUCGGAAGCGGCGGGGCGCUGUCCGUGGAGCAGACGGCCGAGCUCGCUGCGGGUCUAGAGGCGAGCGGGCACAAGUUCCUGUGGGUGGUGCGGAUGCCGAGCUUGGACGGCCGCGCCCAGGCCUUCGGGGCCGGCGGCGACGACGACGAUCCACUGGCGUGGCUCCCCGAGGGCUUCCAGCAAAGGAUCGAGGGCAGGGGCCUCGCGGUCGCAGCCUGGGCGCCUCAGGUGCGCGUGCUGUCCCACCCGGCGACGGCGGCCUUCGUGUCGCACUGCGGGUGGAACUCCACGCUGGAGGACGCGGUGGCCGGCGUGCCGAUGAUCGCGUGGCCGCUGCACACGGAGCAGAGCAUGAACGCGCUCCUGCUCGAAGAGAGCCUCGGGGUGGCGCUGCGACCACGCGCGCGGGAGGACGGCGGCGUCGUGGCGCGCGAGGAGGUCGCCGCCGCGGUGAAGGAGCUCAUGGAGGGGGAUAAAGGGCGUGCCGUGCGGCGCCGCGCUGAGGAACUGCGGCAAGCGGCGGCGCGCGCUGUGUCGCCGGAAGGGUCGUCGCGCCGGGCGCUAGAGGAUGUCGCCGCCAAGUGGAAAGCGGCGCUUAGAGGGUAUAUGUGA